AUACUCUUCUCGGGCUCUCGGAUUCUGCAGUUCUGCUUCUCCACUCCACAGACGACGGUUCUCCACUUCUCCGUCGUCUCUCACCGCCUCUGUGCCUCACGCCCUCCUCCCUGGUCGACUCUCCGGUCAGGCAGUCGCUCCCUCACGCCCUCGCUCCUCAGUCCUCACAUCCUCAAACGGUCAGACCUCACUUCAUCGACUCAGCAGUCUCAGCGGCGACCCUUAGGGACUCGGGCACUCAGCGCCUCUGCUUCACUGAGUCACUGGAACUCCAAGGAGAUUAGAAGUUUACUCCUUGCCAUAAGGAAAAAAGACUGUAUUUCACGGAUUUGGCCAAUUUUUAGAUAUGGACAUUGAUACUAAAGCACCAGAGGAAAACAAGGUUACCAUGCAAGCUGAAAGCAAGGGUAAAGAGAAGGUUGACAUAGCCAAUUCAAUGGAAAAGCUUAAAAUUGAUGGCUCAUCAUCUACUUUCAAGAAAAAGCCUGUUAUCAUCAUUGUGGUUGGAAUGGCAGGUAGUGGGAAGACUACAUUUCUUCAUCGGCUGGUAUGUCACACGAUGGCUUCUAAUAUUCGAGGUUAUGUUAUGAACCUCGAUCCUGCUGUGUUGACCCUUCCAUUUGGAGCAAAUAUUGACAUAAGAGACACUGUUCGCUACAAGGAAGUCAUGAAGCAAUUCAAUCUAGGGCCUAAUGGAGGAAUCCUUACUUCACUAAACUUGUUUGCAACAAAGUUUGAUGAGGUCAUUUCAGCUAUAGAAAAACGAGCUGACCAGUUGGACUAUGUUCUAGUUGACACUCCUGGUCAGAUCGAGAUAUUCACUUGGUCUGCUUCUGGUGCAAUUAUCACAGAAGCUUUUGCAUCUACCUUUCCUACUGUGGUAACUUAUGUAGUUGACACACCCCGAUCUGCAAGUCCUGCUACUUUUAUGAGCAACAUGCUUUACGCAUGCAGUAUUCUCUACAAGACACGACUGCCUCUGGUAUUGGCAUUCAACAAGACAGACGUUGCACAGCAUCAAUUUGCUUUGGAGUGGAUGGAGGAUUUUGAAGCAUUUCAUGCAGCGCUUGACUCGGACAACUCUUACACCUCAACUCUGACACGAAGCCUAUCCCUUUCGCUGGAGGAGUUCUAUAAGAAUCUGAGGUCUGUAGGAGUUUCUGCUGUUUCAGGCGCGGGGAUGGAUGCGUUCUUUAAGGCCAUUGAUGCAAGUGCAGAAGAGUACAUGGAAACUUACAAGACUGAACUUGACAAGAGAAUGGCGGAGAAGCAACGGUUGGAGGAAGAUCGCAGGAGGGAGAACAUGGAGAAGCUCAGGAAAGACAUGGAGAAGUCUCGGGGAGAAACCAUGGUAUUGAACACCGGCUUAAAGGAUAACACCAUGAUGGAAGAAGAUGAAGAGGACGACGAUCUUGAGGAAAAUUUUGAGAGAUUCGGCGAGGAUGAUGAUGAUGAUGGUGGCAUAAGUGAUGAGGAUGAAGAAAUUGCAAGUUUUUCUUUCUGAUAUGGCAAUUUAAAAGAAAAGUUUGUAUAUUACUGAUGGAUGAAAAUGAACUGGACCAACUGAAAAGAGACGUAAAUGUCAGUUUUGCCCUUAUGCAGUGACAAUUUGGUCCUCACUCAAUUAAGUAUGAUCUCAUUUUAACGCGAGAUGUACUAAAUGUUCAUAUGGUACAAAUCAAAUAUUGAUAUGGUAUAAAG